UUAAUGCUGCCAUGAUUUAUCCAGGCCCUCAUAGCGCCUACACCGGACACAGGACAAGGUCCGGGGCUGGGAGGGUAAACGCACAGGGACCAGCAGAGUCCCAAGCCCCAGGUCCAGCGGAGGCAGCUGAAGGAGCGGAGCCGCAGGCCCCGCCCCUUCCGCCAAGGCCGACCAACAGCCGACCGGAGCCGAGCCGCUUCCAACGGCGACCGAGCAAAACCGGAAGUGGGCGCCAGCCCUCCCCUUCCCGGACACCCCGCCCAAGAUGGCGGACCUCCACCGCCAACUGCAGGAGUAUCUGGCGCAGGGGAAAGCGGGCGGGCCGGCAGCCGCCGAGCCGCUCCUCGACGCGGGAGAGGCAGAGGAGCCCACGGCCGGGGCCGGGCCGGCGGGGGCGUGGCUCGGCCGCGCUGGCCUGCGCUGGACGUGGGCGCGGAACUCCGCGGAGCCGACGACGGCGGCGGGACCGACGUGCAUGCCGAGCGUGACGCGCGCUCAGCGGCUGGCGGCGAGCGGCGUGUGCCUGCUGCUGGCCGCGCUCUGCUUCGGCCUGGCCGCACUCUACGCCCCAGUGUUGCUGUUGCGCGCCCGCAAGUUCGCGCUGCUGUGGUCGCUGGGCUCGGUGCUGGCGCUAGCGGGCGGCACGCUCCUGCGAGGCGGUGCGGCGUGCGGACGCCUGCUGCGCGGCGAGGAGGCGCCGUCGCGGCCCGCGCUGCUCUACGUGGCCGCGCUGGGCGCUACGCUGUACGCGGCGCUGGGUCUCCGCAGCACGUUGCUCACGGCGCUGGGCGCCUGCGCGCAGGUGGCUGCGCUGCUCGCCGUGCUGUUGGGUUUGCUGCCCCGCGGCGCGAGCACCGCGCUGCGCAUGGCGCUUCGGCGCCUGGGACCGGGCGCCACCCUCACCAAGGCGCUCCCCGUGUGAGAGGCCUGGGGCCCGCGCCGUCGGAAAGGACGCAGAGUCCGCCCCCGGGACGCGCCGUCGGGAGACCACACGGAGCCGGCCCAGGGGCCCAGCGCUCGCCAUGCCAAGGACUGCGCCCGCCUUUCCCAGAGCGCGCGGGGCAAAGGCUGCUCCUUUACCCUGCCAGCGAAAUCUGUAAACUGAGCAGCAGUUGUAAAACUGAGACAUGAGCUGUUUCGGAAGCUCCUCAAGUUCAGCGUUUUGUGCUAUACUCAGCAGCAAGUGCUAUGAGAACUAAAUUUUGUCCUUGAGUUGGUGACAUACUGUGAAGCAUUUAUGAUAAAUUGCUUUUGCGUUAACCGUGGUCUUAGUUUACACUCAGUUGAAAAAGAAAAAGAACACUAGCUCUUCCGUUUUAAUUAACUGCCCUUAUUACUUUUCUCAGACUUCUGUUCCACGUUUUGUCACUUUAAAAAAUCCAGUGGUAGACUGUAGUAGCUUAGCUACAGUAAACUUGUUCUCUUCGGCUCUUGGAAAUUAUUUUUCCGUAUUCUUCAAUGUGAGUGGAUCCAUAAGAGUUAUUAAAAUAAAUACUGACUUUAGCCACCGGAAUUUUUAAAAGUA